AUGGCAUUUGCAGAAAUGCUUAUGGACCCUGUUCAGGGGCUUUUGGUUUUUACAGACGUGGCCAUACGUUUCUCCCAGGAGGAAUGGGGGCUCCUUGAUGAGGCUCAGAGAAGCCUGUACCACAGCGUGAUGCUGGAGAACUUUGCACUUUUGUCAUCACUAGGUUGCUGGCAUGGAGCCCAGGAUGAGGAGGCCCCUUCAGAGCAAGAUGUUUCUGUAGGAGGGUCACAGGUCAGGACCCCAAAGCCAGGCCCAUCCAUCCAGAAGUCCCAGCCCUGUGAGACGUGUAGCUUGCUCUUGAAAGACCUUUUGCACUUGGCUGAGCAUGAUGGAACACACCCUGAGCGAGGCUUGCACACUUGUGGGGGAAAGCAUUUCCAGCACCAAAAGCAUCAAAUUAGAGAGAAACUUUCCAGAAGUGAUGAGGGGAGGCCUUCAUUUGUGAAGAGCUGCAGAGGUCACAUGACAGAGAUGACCUUUACAUGCAGGGAAGGUGGGAAGGACUUCCCAGCCAGCUUAGGCCUUCUCCAACCACAGGUUCCUCAUGUUGUAGGAAAGCCACACUGGGACACGGCAGGUGGAGAGGCCUUUCAGAAUGAACAGAAUUAUAAGUGCACCCAGUGUGGGAAAACCUGCAGUCAUAAACAUAUACUUGUCGACCAUGAGAAAAUCCACACUGGAGAAAAGCUUUAUGAGUACAGGGAAUGUGGGAAGGCCUUCCUUAGAAAGUCCCACCUCCAUCAGCACCAGAAGGGCCAUGAUGAAGAUCAGCUUUAUGAGAACCCAGAACGUGGAGGAUUCUUUACACAGAUACCUGGCCUCAGUGACCACCAGGGUAUUCACACCAGGCCGAGGCCUUUUGAGUGCAACCAAUGUGGGAAGGGUUUCCUUCGACUCUCCCAACUUGUUGGUCACCAGAAAAUCCACACAGGAGAAAGACCUUAUGGCUGUAGUGAAUGUGGAAGUUUUUUUAGGAAUCGCUCUACACUCAUUAGACAUCAGAGAGUUCACACUGGCGAAAGGCCGUAUGAGUGCGGUGAAUGUGGAAAAGCUUUCACCCGCAAACAUAAACUUGUUGAGCAUCAGAAAAUCCACAGUGGUGAAAAGCCUUAUGAGUGCAGUGAAUGUGGGAAAGCCUUCAGCCGCAAAGACAAAGUUGUGGAACACCAGAAAAUCCACACUGGAGAGAGGCCUUAUAAGUGCAGUGAAUGUGGAAAAGCUUUCAGUCGCAAACAUAAACUUGCUGAGCACCAGAAAAUCCACACUGGAGUAAGGGCUUAUGAGUGCAGAGAAUGUGGGAAAUUCUUUAUGGACAGCUCCUCACUCAUUAUUCAUCAGAGAGUUCACACUGGAGAAAGGCCUUAUGAGUGUGACAAAUGUGGGAAAUUCUUUAGGUACCGCUUCACACUCAUUAGACACCAGAGAACUCACACUGGAAAAAGGCCUGAUGAAUGCAGCAAUGUAGGAAAUCCUUUAGUUGCAACUCCACGCUCAUUAGACGUCAGACAAAUCACAGUAGAGAACAGUCUUAUUACUGCAGCAAAUGUGGGAAGUUUUUGUGGUACAACUCCAGUCUCAUUACACAACAGAGAGUUCACGCUGAUGGGAGAGUCCUUAUGA